AAUAGGCCCUAAAAUAUCCUUACAAAAAGGCUUUCCCAGUAGUGUCCAGAAUUACUCCGAAAAACGUGAAACCCAGACUCUCUCCAGGAUGAACCUCAGUGCUGCAAACCACCGUAUACCCCUAAGUGAUGGAAACAGCAUUCCUAUCAUCGGUCUUGGCACCUACUCAGAACCUAAACUGACUCCUAAGGGAACCUGUGAGAAGUCAGUGAAGAUUGCCAUUGACACAGGGUACCGGCACAUUGACGGGGCCUACAUCUAUCAGAAUGAGCAUGAAGUAGGGGAGGCCAUCAGGGAGAAGAUAGCAGAAGGAAAAGUGCGGAGGGAGGAUAUUUUCUACUGUGGAAAGCUGUGGGCUACAAGGCAUGACCCCGAGAUGGUCCGUCCAACCCUGGAGAAGACGCUUAAUGUCCUCCAGCUAGAUUAUGUGGAUCUUUACAUCAUUGAAAUACCCAUGGCUUUAAAGCCUGGAGAUGAUUUCUAUCCUAAAGAUGAGAAUGGCAAAUGGUUAUAUCACAAGUCAAAUCUGUGUGCCACUUGGGAGGCUUUGGAAGCUUGCAAAGAUGCUGGCUUGGUGAAAUCCCUUGGAGUAUCCAAUUUUAACCGCAGGCAGCUGGAACUCAUCUUGAACAAACCAGGACUCAAACAUAAGCCAGUCAGCAACCAGGUUGAGUGCCAUCCGUAUUUUACCCAGCCCAAACUCUUGAAAUUUUGCCAACAACAUGACAUUGUCAUUAUCGCAUAUAGCCCUCUGGGGACCUCAAGGAAUCCAAGCUGGGUGAAUGUAUCAUCCCCACCUUUGUUAAAGGAUGAACUUCUAAACUCAUUGGGGAAAAAAUACAAGAAGACAGCAGCUCAAGUUGUUUUGCGUUUCAACAUCCAGAGAGGAGUGGUUGUUAUUCCUAAAAGCUUUAACCCUGAAAGGAUCAAAGAAAACUUUCAAAUCUUUGACUUUUCUCUCACAGAAGAAGAAAUGAAGGCCAUCGAGGCCUUGAAUAAAAAUGUCCGCUUCGUGGAGAUGCUCAUGUGGUGUGAUCAUCCCGAAUACCCAUUUCAUGAGGAAUACUGACUUCAGAGUGCCCUUGAAUGGAUUUUUCCCUCCCAUGCACGCCAGAACCUUAGAUGUAGAAAUGAAAAGGUUUUACUAUCCUUAAGUGGUGUGUUGAUGUUAACACUCUAUCAAGUUUUGUGCAGGAUAAAUAACUUUGGCUUAGGUAUGUAAAGAAAAAGAUGUUUAAAUAUGUUGAGAUAAUUGUUUGGAAACCAUAAGCUAAUAUUUUAUUAGAUCAAGGUCUUCUGGGUUCCUGACAGAAAGACAUUAGGCUUUAGGAGAGAUUUCAGAGGUAAUAUAUGAUGAUAAGAAACCCAUGAAUCUGAUUACUGCCAUUAAGUCUGAACUCCUUACUUUAGCAGUUAACAGGACAACAAAGAGGGUGGAGAGCUGGCACAAGCCAGUGCUGACAAUGACCUUGAUGAUUUGGAACACUGACUGUAAUCUAGACACUGCCAAGAUAA